AUGCUUAAGGAGAUCAGAGAGGCUACAAAAACAGAGAGCCCAAUAAUAAUAGGGGAUUUCAAUUCUCCCCAGACUGACUGGAUACAUGCCACCUCAGGACAGGAUUCAGAGAUACAAUUUCAAGACACCAUUAACGACUGCUUCUUGGAGCAGCUAGUCCUGGGACCCACAGGGAAAGAUGCAAUUCUUGAUUUAUACCUGAGUGCAGCGCGGGAUCUGGACAAAGAGGUGUUGGUGUCUGUCCAGUCCCUCAUAUUGGUAGCAGAACCCUAUUUUAAUGAACCGGGAUAUGAAAGAUCUAGAGGUACUCCUAGUGGUACGCAGAGUUCCAGAGAAUAUGAUGGAAAUAUACGACAGGCAACAGUCAAGUGGGCUAUGCUUGAACAAAUCAGAAACCCUUCACCAUGUUUUAAGGAGGUCAUACACAAACAUUUUUACUUGAAAAGAGUGGAGAUCAUGGCCCAGUGUGAGGAGUGGAUAGCAGAUAUACAGCAGUACAGCAGUGACAAACGGGUAGGCAGGACCAUGUCUCAUCACGCAGCAGCUCUUAAGCGUCACACAGCUCAACUCCGUGAAGAGCUUUUAAAACUCCCCUGCCCUGAAGGCUUGGACCCAGAUUCUGAUGAUUCCACCGAGAACUCCAGUGCCACAACAAGUUCUGAGGAGACGAUAUUGCAUGACCAGGUUAAACCUAGCAGCAGUAAAGACAUCUCCAGUGAUUUCAAAUUAUGAGUGGCAUUGACAUGGACUUUACAGAUACAGAGGCUUUGAAGCACAAGCCAAAUAUGUCAAUAUUUGUAUGUAAGAAGCUAAUUAUGUAAUAGGUAAUGAAAUUGAAACUAUACUAUGCCCUUAAGGAUAUACAGUUUAAUUCAAGAUGAUCUUUUAUUUACCUGUACAACAGUGUAAACUUUUUUGUGCUUUUAUUUUUCAAUUGUGAGAACCACUGAUUGGUAUGUUUAAAAAGUUAUGUAUACGAGAAAUGGAUAAAUCACUGAUAUAUAAGGGAAAAUACCUUAGGAAAGAAUGUUUACUGAAUGUUUUUUUUUUUUUUUACUGGUAGAGUGAGGGCGGAUGUAAUAAAGAAUAUAUAUUGGUCAUUCUUACAGCUACUAUUUAAAGUCAGAAAAUUUUCACUGAAUUUGAUAGAUUUUACGUUUGGCCAUAUCUUCAUGCUCAUAUUUGAUUUCUAAAGAAAACCUCCUGUAUACUUCAAUAAAAGUUAAAUGGACAUGCUCCCUCUUUUAUGAUUUACUGGUACAUUUUUUAAAUGAUCUGCCAUAAAAUACGUUAUAGCUGGAGACUUGCACUUGUAUGACUGAAUUAUUACAGUCAACGUAUUUAAUUUUAUGCUUACUAAUUCUAAAAUGCAGAUUAAAUAAAUGCACAUGGUUUUACCUCA